AUGUCCACAACUGCAGGUCCGACCAUCCCCUCAUCUCAGCUGACAUCGGAUCAACUCACAGUGGUGGCUGCAUCCUUUUCUUCCCUGGUGUUCUUUGUGGUUAUUGUGGUGCUGCUGUCCAUUAUUUACCGCAAGGAUCUUCAGUGCUGCAAACUCCGCUCCUAUCAGGGGCCUCAUGCAGAUAUGGAUGCUCCUCCUCAGUACUACAGCAGCAGGCAGACUCUGGUGGGAUCUCCGUGUCUGGAGCAGACUCAGAUCAUGGAGGAUAAUAACACUCAGGCGGGUCAGCUGUUUUACGUCGGCCUGCCCUCCAGCUACAGCCUGCCCUCUCUGGAGACCCCCCUGCCGAGGCUCCCCUCCUACGAGAGCGUCCGAAAGAAGGACCGCCAGAGGCAGAUCCACAUGAUGAUCGCAGACCGCUUCGGCCUCAAUGGACCCAUUGUGACCGAGCCUCCUCCAACGUAUGAAGAGAGUAUCCGUCAGUCUAUGGAGCUGCCGUACAACAUCCUCUCACCCAGUCUGGACAUCUCCCCCCCUCAGACUGUCUAUACCAGCACAGCGGCCGGCACACCUCAUCCAGUCCACUCUGACACCAACAGCAGCGUCCUACCUGUGUGAUUACUGAGUGUGCUUCUCAAGCCGUUUCAUGAACGUGACAGACAUGCGAUUGAUCAAA